GCUCAUUGUGUUUUGCCGUUGGAGCAGAGACCGCCGAGCUGUGAAAGGACAGGGAGAGGGACCAAGCCAGACUAGGGUGUAAUUUUUUAUAUUUUUUCCUUCAAAGUUUAGCGUUACUAAGCCAACACAAUGGCCGAUAAAAUGGAUAUGUCUUUAGACGAUAUUAUCAAGCAGAACAGGCAGCAGAGAGGCGGAGGCCGCGGCGGAAGAGGCCGAGGCCGCGGAGGUGCAGGCGGCGGCCGAGGCGGCAGCGCCGGGCGUCUCGGAGGCGGCGGCGGCGGCGGAGGAUUUGGAGGCCGAGGGGGUGCAUCCGGCCCCAUGAGGAACCGACAGAACCUGAGUCGCGCCAGGGGCAGACCAACGCCAUACAACAGGCCUAAACAGCUUCCCGAUAAGUGGCAGCACGACAUGUAUGACAACGGCUUCAGCGGCUUCAAUGGCGCUGCUGGGGGUGGCGGAGGAGCCGGCGUGGAAACCGGAGGGAAGCUCCUCGUCUCCAAUCUCGACUUUGGAGUCUCGGACGCAGACAUUCAGGAACUGUUUGCUGAAUUUGGGACCCUGAAAAAAGCUGCUGUUCACUACGACCGAUCAGGGAGAAGCUUAGGAACCGCAGAUGUCCACUUUGAAAGGAGGGCAGAUGCUCACAAAGCAAUGAAACAGUACAAUGGCAUCCCACUUGAUGGGCGGCCCAUGAACAUACAGCUCGUCACAUCACAGAUCGACACACAGAGACGACCUAUGCAGGGUUUGAGCAGAGCUAUUUUCCCCCGCGGCUCUAUCGGGCAAUCCCGCACUCCUACUGAGAGUACUGAGAGCUAUGGUUGAUUAACUAGGAUACGUCAGACACUUCAGUGAGCGAUGCCGGGUCAUUCAGGGAGUGUUCAGUGGCCUCGGUGGGGCCCGGCCCUUCAACAACAAACAGAGAAAAGUUGUCCUGACUCGCUGCCAAAAAUACAGAAUAAAUCAGUCAGGCUUUUCAGGAGGAUCUACAUUCCUCUUGGGAAUUUCUGCAGGUGAUAUACAGGGUGACAACAUUGCCUUUGUCCUGAGAAACAAAGAGGGCCAACCCAAAGUAUGACCUAUAAAAACUUGCUAGUUGCACAUUGAGUAUAAAGAGGGACAGCAAGUUGUUGUUUUUUUUUUGUUUUAGUUUUUUUAAAUGUACCGUGUGUCUUUGAAAUGCUCAGAAAUUUGCACAAACUUGACAUCAAGCCUUCAAGCGAGCUCAAUGCCGCCCCCCUGCUGUUAAAAACUAAAACUGCAGCAUGAUUUCCCUUUUUAAAAAACAAAGCAUGCCUGAAACUGUUCGUUACAUAUGUGAAACGGGUGAUGGCGUUAUGUAAUAAUCUGGAACUUUAACUUCCUCUUUUAGUUUUAUAUGCAAUAAAAAAAACGUCUUGUAUGCAUCUGUGCACAGACUGAGUGUCUUACUCACGCUUCCUGCAUGCAGAACGACACCAUGGCCUCAAAGUCUGUAAUGGCUGUUUUGUCACUCUCCUUUUCCGUGCCCCGUUUCGCCUGUAGACAAGUUUGCAGAAUGUUCACACACCUUGAAAUGCCACGAGUUUAAUCAUCACCAGGAGCUCCUCAUGUUGCAUUUUUUUUUUUUCGAACCUGUCUGCGUCCGACUUCCUUGCGGAUGAGAAAGUUGAGCUGUUCCUUAUCUUUCGGUGAGUAGUAGGUGCGACAGGAGGAGGGCAGCCCGUCUCGUCCAGCUCGCCCGGACUCUUGGUAAUAACUGGCCAGGGACUUUGCCAGGUUCCAGUGAGCGACGAACCUGCAGAAGAACACAAACAUUCACUCAUGCAGACUGCAGAACUUUUUUUUUUUUUUUUCUGUUCGCCAAUGAAGCAGCAGCAGCAGCAUGAUAAACAGAAGCGUCCUUUCUGACCUGACAUUGGCCUUGUCUACUCCCAUACCAAAGCUGAUGGUGGCUACAAUAACCGGCACUUUCCCCUGCAUCCACUCAUUCUGAGCUUCUGUGCGAUCUGCCGUCUUCAGACCUACAAAAAAAAAAAAAACAA